AUGCAAGAACUUGUUGAUAUUUCUAAAGAUAGUGACACACUCGUUUCUGAAGAUCAAGCUUUUCAUAUAGUUUUGGGUUACAACUCAGGAUAUUGUCAUGGACUUGGAUAUGGACAGUCAGCCCCAUCUAGGAGGAGAGAUCAUGUGGAUGUCAACUAUGAACAACUAUUCAAGGAUAAAAGCCAACUACAAGAUAGGUGUGCAAAUCUUGAGGAGCAUGUGGCCCAACUCAAUAAAAAACCAGACGAGUCUAAUCAACAACUUGCAAAGGCUCUUGAAGAAUUUGCUGAAUUUAGGAGGAUUGUUGCCAGCCUUCAGGCUGGAGGCAAAGUUUAG